CUUGGCACGUUCAGUCCAGACUGAGCAAUCGAUACCGAGCUCGUUCACCUUAGUGCGGCAAGGGCGGUUGGACUUUAAACUUUUCUGUUAAAGUUAAACGAGCUUAUCUAUACUCGUUCACCAUGGCAACCUCGUUGAAGCUUAACACCGGGGCAAAUAUGCCCAUCGUUGGUCUGGGCACGUGGAAGUCUCCUCCAGGUAAAGUGGCAGAAGCUGUCAAAGCGGCCAUUGCUGCAGGCUACAGACACAUUGAUGGGGCUAUGGUGUACCAAAACGAAACUGAGGUCGGAGAGGGAAUUGAGGCUAUGAUAAAAGAAGGACUGGUUAAAAGAGAAGAGCUGUUUGUGGUCAGCAAGCUCUGGUGCACCUUUCAUGACAAGUCCCUAGUAAAGGGUGCCUGUCAGAAGACUUUAAGUGACCUGAAGUUGGACUACCUGGAUCUUUACCUGGUUCACUGGCCAAUGGGCUUUAAGGUGACAAAAAAAAUUUUAUAUUCUAAUUCGUGGUUGCAUUCAGUGUUGGUGCUUGUUCUUGAAUCCAAGAAUUUUCACAACAAUGUCAUUGUUGCUUUUCAGGCCGGGUCAGAGCUGUUUCCACUGGACUGCGAGGGGUUAACCAUCAGUGACAAUACCAAGUUUUUGGACACCUGGGAGGCCAUGGAGGAGUUAGUUGAUGCCGGCUUGGUGAAGGCCAUCGGUAUCUCUAACUUCAAUCGAGAGCAAAUUGAAUCUAUCCUAAACAAACCAGGGCUCAAGUACACACCUGCCAACAAUCAGGUUGAGUGCCAUCCGUAUCUGACUCAGGAGAAACUGAUCAGCUACUGUCAGUCCAAAAACAUUACAGUGACUGCGUAUAGUCCUCUGGGAUCACCAGACAGGCCAUGGGCCAAACCAGAAGAUCCCUCACUGCUUGAAGAUCCAAACAUCAAAGCCAUAGCAGAGAAGCACAAAAAGACCACCGCCCAGGUCCUGAUCCGCUUCCAGAUUCAGAGGAAUGUGAUUGUCAUCCCCAAGUCUGUUACACCUCAGAGGAUUCAAGAGAACUUUAAAGUCUUUGAUUUUGAACUGAGCGAAGAGGAGAUAAAGACCAUCUUGGGCUUUAACAGGGACUUCAGGGUUUGUCCAAUGCAUUGGGGGGUGAAGCACAAAGACUACCCAUUUAAUGCUCAAUUUUAAAACAACAUGCCCAAAAAGAUGUUGGGUCAGAUUAGAUUUCUGGUAUUAUUGCACUGGCCUUUGAUUUAAUGUGAAAAUGUUCUUUAUUGGGCAAAACGCAGUAUGCUGUUACUGAAAAAUAGUAAACCGUAAGAGUUCAGUCUUGAUGUGUUGAAUUUCAAAAAUUGAAGCACACAAGUCUUGUAUAGCAACAGCUUUAUGAAUGAAAUGCACUUGCUAAAAUGUCAAUACCAUCAACUGUAGACUUACAGUCUUGUUUGUUUGUGUUAAUGCAUUGAAAAUGUAAAACUGUUACAGUGCACAGGCUUGCAUGGCUCUUCCAUAAAAUGUCUCAGAACCCCCAAAAUUAUUAAAGAAAUGUUCAAGAAACGUA